GAGCCGCCCGGGCUGGGUUUGGCUCGGCGGGGCUGAAAGGACAGCGCGCUCUGGCCCUGUUCUCCCUCCUCCGCCAAGUGGGAGGCUCCGCGGGGCGGGGCCAGAAGCCUGCGAGUUUGACGUUUGCGAAUCCACAUGGUACAGCUCUUCAGAGGCAGGGAGAUGGAAUAAUAAGACUGUGGAUUUGAACUAAUGCCAUUGCACUGACUCAUUCAGGGAGAGUAAAGGAGCUCCGAGAACAAGGAUACUAGAAAGAGAGAAAGAGGAGAGGGAGGGGGGGAAGGAGGGGAAAAAGAAAGAUCGCUUUUAUGGCCGAGAAGGGCAGCAUCAAGGGUUAAGGGAUCAAUAAUUCGGGGGAGUAUUUUUAAGCAGCAACAACUAACGAUCAGGAGCCUCCGAUCCCGGGCUGAGUCAUCCAUCCAGUCCAGUUGGAGCAGGAAGCUGGCACUUUUCUGUAGGGCUUAAUUAUACAGGAGGUUUAGAUGCUCCUGAUUUAAAAACUACAGGGCGACCGCGGCUUUGAAAGCAGUAGGGAGAUCUCCACAGGAAGUUGGAAGGAAGGCAAGCGAGAUACAUCAAGCUUUCUCUUCUGUAGAAAUAAAAGUCGCAUUUGGAAAACUAUUUUUUUAAUAAGUAUAUUGUUUUGAUUCUCGCGUGAGAGGCAAUGAUUUGCCUCUAGAGCGCGUGCAUUUUUUUCCCUUCUGCACUGUAUGCGGAGGUGGUUUUUUGGAUUUAUUUUUUAAUUCACACAGUUGCUGUCGCAAGAAACAAAAAAUCAGGAAAGGACUUAUUUUUCAUUGCUUAAAAUAGAGAAAAGGGAGGGGGGAGCAACACCCUGCCAGAUCCACUUGAGUGCAUUUGGAAAAUCCGAAGGCAGUAAAUAAAAGAUCGGAAGCGAACAAGACAGGGAGGGACUGAGGAACAAAACAAACAAACAGCGUGCACAUUUUUUUUAAAAAGAAUUCAAAGUUUAUUUUUCACCUCGGACAAUGUACCAGGAUUUCCCAGGGAACUUUGAUACCUCCUCCCGGGGCAGCAGCGGUUCUCCAGGCCACCCGGAAACUUACAACAGCAUCACAGCUCAACAGAAAUUCCGGGUAGAUAUGCCAGGAUCGAGCAACGCUUUUAUUCCUACCCUGAACGCCAUCACUACCAGCCAAGACUUGCAGUGGAUGGUGCAGCCCACUGUCAUCACCUCCAUGCCAAGUGCCUAUUCUCGCUCGCAUCCCUACAACCAUGGCCUGCCAAAUCUGUCCUCGGUUACCGGGCACACAGCUCUUCAGAGACCGGGUGUCAUUAAAACCAUUGGGACCACGGUGGGCAGGAGGAGGAGAGAUGAGCAGUUGUCGCCUGAGGAAGAAGAGAAGAGAAGGAUCAGGAGAGAGAGGAACAAACUAGCAGCUGCUAAAUGCCGUAACAGACGCCGAGAGCUGACUGAGAAACUUCAGGCAGAAACCGAGGAGCUGGAGGAAGAGAAGUCUGUGUUGCAGAAGGAGAUCGCCGAACUCGAGAAAGAGAAGGAGAAGCUGAGGUUCAUGCUGAUGGCCCACAGCCCCAUGUGCAAGAUCAGCCCUGAGGAACGCCGAACCCCGCCAUCUCACAGCCUCCAGACCGUCCGGACUGGAGUGAGCAAUGCUGUAGUGGUGAAGCAGGAGCCCGUCGAAGAAGAGAUCCCCUCCUCCUCCUCUGACCUCGAGAAAGGGCAGAGAUCAGUCAUUAAACCUAUCAGCAUCGUCGGGGGCUUUUACGGGGAAGAGCCGCUCAACACUCCCAUUGUGGUGACCUCGACACCUGCCAUCACCCCCGGAGCAUCCAGCUUGGUCUUCACCUACCCCAGCGUGCUGGACCAGGAGUCUCCCCUCUCCCCCUCGGAGUCUUGCUCCAAAGCUCACCGGAGGAGCAGCAGCAGCGGCGACCAGUCCUCGGAUUCCUUGAACUCCCCCACUCUGCUGGCACUGUAACCCCUUUUCCCUUUUGCCCCCCACCCCACUCAGUUACUCUGGAGGGGGAAACCCCGCCUUUGAGAUCAAAAGACCAGCACAACGACUUUUUUCUUUUUCCCCACCAAGCACAAGGGCAGCAAAAGCAAGAAGAGGGAAAUAGUGUGUGUAGCUCCAGAAACUUCCUGGGACGGGAAGAACCAGAACAAACGUAAAGCCAUAUAGGAGUGGGGUGGGGAAGCAUUACUGGGACCCAAGUGCUUAGACUACAUGGUGUGUGCGUGUGUAGAAGCGGGUGGGAGAGCCACACUCCCCAUCCAAAGUUUAGUGCGAACGGAUGUGAGCUUCAGUAAAUCGCUAGCCCGUUCCCCUGCCAUUGCUGAUGAAUGGACUGGCGAGACCAGGUUCUCUUCUGUGCUAAGUAGUACAUUCCAGUUAGUUUGAUCUCAUUUGGGCCUUCACCUUUUUACUUUCUGUUGGAUACCAUGACAUUUCGAAAACUCUAACAAAACAAAAAAAAAGGCUUGUGGCAAUUGUCAUUAAACCGCUGCUGAUGUUAGGAUCUGCCUACGCGGGAUUCUUGCUGUUGUUGGGUGAGGGGGUUGGCUUUUUGGAUUAGAUGGUGCAGAGCUGAGAGAAGAAUAAAAUAAUAGGUCCAAAUGGUUCCUUUAAAAAAAAAUCAACAACACUCAUAGCACCUUUGUUUUGGGGGAAGUGGGGUAGCAUGGAAAGAAACAAGUGUUGGAUAUUCUGUUGACAAAAAAAAAAAAGAGUCUUCCCCAAAGAGACUGGAGUAUGCAGAUAAAUACAUUAUUUCUUUUUGCAUUGCAAAAGCUAUGACUGCAACAUGCCUCCACAUCAGUGGACCAGGAUCGGUGCCAAGGGAACUGGGGAGAUGCCAGAGUGAGUUUCCACUAAGCCUUUGUCUCUGGCAUGGGUUGUUCUGUAGUUGGCGUUUUGCCAAAUACGGUGGCUGGACCCUACGUUGCCUUUCCCCUUGGCUGCCAGCCACCUUGAGUGUGAUGUCUCCUCCCCACUGGCAUGCCUGACUCGGAUGCUGGGCUGCUCUCAAACAAAAGCCACCAGCUCCAUCUCUGUGAACCGUUGCAGUGCAGCAGUGCUGCUGUUCUUCUCUUGUGGCUGGUCCAGGAAAGGGAUUUACUGAGGGCAAAAGUGCAGGAAGCAAGCUGGGUGCUCCCUUGGAUAAUUCCUUUCUCUCUGUGUGUGCGUGUUGCGCUUCGCUCAUCAGUUCCUAGCCAAAGUUUGUGUGUGUUGCAAUUUGAUGACUUCAGGCCUUGUAGUUCCUUGGCUCCCUUUCUGGUCCUGGAGACAUUAGCGGAAAAAUUGUUUUCGUGCCUGAGUAUGGUCCUCUGCCGCGCUCUUGUCGCUGCACAUUCAGGUGGAUAUGGCUGUUUGAAAACCUGUGCUCACUACUGAAAUGGGCAGCGGGCUUUGCUUUUUCUCGCAUCUUCUGUGGUGCCUAGACAAAAUCCUAUUGCACUUAAAACAGCGCAGCUGCUUGGGUUUGCAGAGCUGAAUUGGAGAGAAGUUUGCUGGGUUCUCCCCUUGUUAGGUUAAGACUUUCUUUUGUAUAGAGAACAUCCCGUUUAGCCCAAGCUAACUAGGGUUCCUGUCAUGAGCAUAUUUAUGUUUGCCGGUUUCCACUAUCAUUUUUGUUUUCAUUUGACCUCAGGAUUUAUUAGGCAAGAUGGCAGGUGGAUACAUGAUUUCACUGUGCUCUUUGGAGACCAGCUUUCUCACCUGGGGGAAUCUCUUCAAGCCAUGUUAACUCCAUUGGUGAGCUUCGCUGCCUUCCUUGAGACUCUGCCUUAACAGCUGGGGAAUUUGCUUAAGUCUUUUGAGUGUUUCCAGUGAAGUCAGUGACUCAACUCCCAUUGACUGGCUGUUGUUUUUUUAAUGCAUCUGGAUAUCAGCCAUAGUGUUAGGUCAGCUGCUUGCAUGUCAUUGUGAAAGGCCAGAGGUUCUCAAACUGUGCUUCCCAGGCUGCUGGCAGCCCACAAGCUGCAUUCAUGUUGCCCACCGAAAACACUGACCAACAAGGAUACAUGACUUCACAGAACGGUGCUCAGAAAAACAGGCACAUCCAUCCAAUUAGGAAAUCAAGACUAUGCUUUAUUAAAAUGCAAGGUAUGCGUUGCUUUGCUUUGUAGAACAAAAGAAGUUUAUUAAGUAGUCUGGUGAGACCACCAGCAAUUUUCAAGUCCAUCCCCUCAAAAAGUUUGAGAACCACUGUCCUAGGCUAUCUUCUGGCUAGUCAGAAUAAAUCAAAGCCAUACUUAAUAACAGCUACAAUGAGAAGAAGCCAAAUUCUGUAACCUGAAUCAAGCAUGCACGUAUUUGAGUAUAAUUUUGAAAUUCGCAUUAUUUAUAUUGCCUGUGCUGGCCAUGGGGAGGAGGAAAGAGCUAUGCAAAGCGCUAAAAAAAACUACCUCUGUCCACCGGCAGUUGCGCUUAGAGCCCUUCUGUCCUCUUAAAAGUUCACCAGGCAUUACCUACAUAUUUUCAAGCUUCUCUUUGCAGAAAGUAAAGCCACAGUUUUGGGUUUUGGAUGACAGCACAAACCGCAUAUCCAUUUCGUGGAUCUGGCCUUUAAUACUAAGCUGCACUUCAAUCGCACAGUCGCUUAAACUCAGAGUAAAUGAGAGUCGUGGUAGUAACUCUUCAUAUUUAAAAGCAAAACUAUACUGGAAAGGCAUUUUGUUCAAGAUACUAAAAUCCAGGCAUUUUUCUUCUGACAUUUCCCUUUUUAGACAGUGCCACUGGAAGAGACUCAGGCUUGUAAUCAAGGCAAAUGUUAUUCAGAGUAGACCUCUUGGAAAUGAAUGAACCUGGGCUAGCCAUGCCCAUUAACGACAGUGAGCCUACUCUGAGGACUAGCGUUCCUGGUUCUAAGCAUCAUGUAAAAGAAAAUAUUCUAAGCAUAACAGGGAGAGCAGAAAACUGCAUCAUCUGACACUAGGAUUUUUUAAAAAAUAAAAUAGCACAAUAUACCUUUCACUAAAAUCACUGAUGUGCUCUCUGAAAUACUGCUUGUCUCAGCAGGCAAAGAACAUUUUUUUAAAAAAUCACAUGUUGCUAGCCCAUUUAACUGCGCUGGGUCAGACUGACCCAGGCUUCAUGUCCGUCUUAGAAAUCCUUGGAAAAGAAAAGGUUUGAAUGUGACGGAGGCAUCUUCUCUGCCAGGCUUGUAACUAUUAGCAGAAAAGAAAGAGCAUUCUCUGAAAUUCCCAGAACUAUCCAAGUGCACAUGAAGGUGCCUUGGGCACAUAUGCAGGCUUAUAUGUGAGGCUGCCAUUUGCUAGUUUGGUUUCAGUGGUGCUGCUGCCGCAGCAGUUUGAUAGAUAACUCUGGGCAAAGGGCACAAAUCCUGUUAACAGAAAACCUGGAGAGGACUAAAGAAAAUACAAGGGUUGACAGGGCUUUUUGCUCCAGCUUUUUUUCUAAGUUGUAAAAAAAUAGGAGAGGCAGGACUUGGAACUUGUUGGUUUUGUGGCAAGUAUGAAAGGUGGUAGGCAAGGUCUGUGGAAGAGUUCCAUUUUUCAAAGUUUGCCUUGGGAAAGAUCUGGGUUUGUAGCUGGAAGCAAUUAGAAAAGAGGUCUCUGAACUGCUUCCUGUUGUUGACCUCAGAUCUGUCCUCAGGCAACUUUAGUGUGUGGCCGUGUACAUGCCAUAUACAUUUAGAGCACAUGACUCCUCCCCCUCCUCCAAAGACUCCUGGGAACUGUAUUUUGUUAAGGGCAUUGGAAAUUGUAGCUCUUUGAGGCACAAAAUACCAUUGCCUGGCUUCUUUGGGGAGAAGUAUGGUGCUUUGAAUGUAUGGUGUGUAACCAGCCUAAAUGUUGCUUGUCUUAUACCUAUGGGUUUAUAUAUAUAUAUUUAUCACUUGAAUAAGGUUCCCUGAUGAGCUGUGGCUCACCUUCACCCUUUCUGCUGGCCAGAAACGUGUCUUGCCACCGUUCUCCACAAAGGAACUUACUAGGGUCAUUUUGUGGCAGAUAAUCCUUUGCAUCUGAGUCUUACAGUCGAUUCAGGCAUGUUUUGCUGUGUGAAUCCAGUUUUAGCUCCAGAUUCUGCUUUUCAUCUUCUCUUGUAAAUUUGUACAUCUGAAGGGGUUAUAUCGCACUUAUUUCCUAAAGCUGCCCAAAUGAAACUCCAGUUUAAUCCUUGCAAGGCAUGAGCAGUGGCUUUUGGGCCUCUUGGACACUUCUUGAUUAAUUCUUCCACUUCUUCUUGGUCCUACAGGAUGAUAGAGACAGAUCUGGGUUUUAGUCUUGGGAUGUCAGCCCGCAGAUGACACCCUGGUGGGAUUAAUUAUGUCUUGGCAUAAUGGAUGACAUCUCAGCUGUAGACAUUAUGAAGCCCCAUGUCCCAGUGAUGGCUUUACUGUGGAAAAGAGACUAGAGAUGUUUUGUAGGUGAAGCCUGGAACAGAUAGCGCUCUGAUCUAGGAAACAUUCCCCUACUUGUUUUUGCAUGCAUCUUGAUUUUUACGGAUGUCUUUACUCGUUAAUUUGCCAUACUUUUGGGAAAACCUAGCACCUUUGUUCCAAAGGAAAAUAUAUUUGUGUCCCAACACUAACUCUCUUUAAAAUUCCUGCUUCCUAUCCAUUCCAGCUUCUAAUGUUUGAACUUUUCCUUUCCAUUCAGCUUAGAGUGCAGUCCAGCAAGAAUUAUGGCUUUGGAGCUCUGUUCCAUUUCAAAGUGUUUUGUCUUAGCCUGGGUGAUGUAGAUAUAGGAUGAGCACAGUCGUUUAAGGGAUUGUGCUCUUAAGUCAGCGAUGUGCUUGUGAUAGAACAGGACCUGGCGCCAUCAUGUUGGUGUCAAUAGAUUUCCUCCACCACCUUUUUUUAAAAAAAUAAUCGAUCUAUUAAGUUCAUUUGAACCUAGCAAUGUGCUGCUUUUAUAUUCUGCUUGGCCUUAAUCCUAAAAGUACUCAUUGCUUUCACAUUUAUUUAUUGGCAGGCAAACACUUUUUGUGUCUGCUCCAGCAAAUCUGCCCACCAUUUAAUUUAACAUCCCUCAAACGUGUGUUCCUGUUUUUUAAUGCCAAAAUGAAAUUCUGCAACAUUUUUUUCAACACACACACACACACACUCCCAGAAGUAUUUUCAGUCAUUAGAGUGGGUCAAAUAUUUUAAGAGAGGGCACAAAUGAUCCCAUGUUUGUUUUGUUAUUUAUAUUUAUAUAAAAAAUGUUUACAUCUUUUUCUCUGCCUCAAAUCUGUAUUUUAAAAACAACUUUAUCCCCCUUCCCUUGCUGACUUUUAAAAAUGCUGUUUUGUUUUUUUUUUCUUUUAUAAAGUAGAUGACUUGGACUUACAAUCUUGGGUUUAUGGAUUUUCCCCCAAUUCAGUUGUGUCAUUUUCUGUUGAGUUGGCUCUGCCCUGCUUUCUGCUGUGUCUUCUCAAAUUACAUGCAGGAUUUUUGUAAUUUUCAAAAAUGGUGGUGCCCAAGCAUCUUACUUUCCUAGCUUGCUGUAGCUUUCAUUUGCACGAAUUCUUUCUUAAGUAAGCCAUAGGUAUCAAGUGGUGUGCAUCAAAACACAGGCAAAUUUUUGUUGCAUUCGUUUUUUAAGUUCAGUGGGACUCUGGCCAAGCCUCUAUCUGAAACUUGGAGAGGUGCUGCCACAACAAUUGCAGAAAUGAAGCCCUUAGAUUAUUCCUAGGGCGUGUUAGCUCACUAAUUUGUGAACUAACAGAUUUGGACUUUUCUCAUUAAGUACAAAUCCUGUUGAGGUGAUCGUAUAUAUGAUCACAUAACUUAAGUAACAACUCCAGUUGCCUGCUUUUUAAGGCACAUCACUGCUUGCGUACUCUGCUUACUCAAUUGGGAAGAAAAUCACGUCAACAGAAGGGAAAGCUGCAAGAAGAUCAAACCGCAUGUGUUCUGGGACCUUUGCAAAAUCAAAAGCCAGAAGAAUAGAAGAAAGCAAAUGCGUUUGUGCCUCUCUGCAAGCGGGACGAGAGAAAUGGGAACCACUAAAUUGAGCAGGGUGGGAAUCCUUUUUUUUUUAAAAAAAAAUUUGUAUAAAGAAAACUUCUUUCUAAAGAAGCAUAAUCAAUCCUCUGCAAAUAGUAAUAGAUGAGGCCAGACGAACUAUUUCUAGGUACAAGAGAUGAAUCGAAACUUUUUUUCUGUCCUAUGAAACGACUCUCCUCCCUUUCCCAUUUCGUACAAUUAAAAGGUUGGUCCACUUUCUUGUUUGUGGCUACUUGUUGUGGGGGGGAGGGGAAUAUGAAAUUAUGUGUAGAAAAUAGACAACAGGUUUGUAUUUGCUCAGUGAGCGGAUAAAGUGUUGUGUCUGUGUAUAUAUAGAUUCUACUGUGUAGUCCACAAAGUAACAUUGGUAAGAAAAGAGUGUAUCUUUAUUCACAAGGUAGUUUAAUAGCGUAAAAUGGAAGAAUGCUUUAAGAUUCCUGAAGAUAAAAGGGCCUGGAUCUCUCUCUGUUUACAUGACUCUGAUCCUAAAUGCACUCCUGUUAGAUGUUUGUAUCUAUACUGCUGAUAACACUGGUAGAGGAAACGGUUCUCAGUGAUCUUAUUUGUGCAAAUUCAUGGAGAUCAGUAAAUUUUUGGGUGUGCCAUUAUAUUUCUCUUCCACACAGAAAAGUAAGUUUUUUCCCUCCUUUGCUUAAUUCGUGGAGUGGAAUUUAAAAUUACCGAAUUGGAAUCCCUUUUCUCUGAUCUUUUGCAUAGAUCUUCCCAUGGCAGAGAAGCUUGGCUGAACGGUCAUCUUCUCGCACCUUUCCUUGCUAUAUACAGGCCUACAAUAUUUGCACUAAAAAAAAGAUGUCAAAAAUAAUUAUAUGAAAGCUGGUUGGAAAAAGCUUGCUGCUACGAAAGAACAUAUGAAAAUAAUGGCCAUGCUUUUCAGUUUUAAUGGAGGAGUACCAUUUUGUAAAGUAAAAAAAAAAAUCAAUCUAGAAUGAAACGAAUGAAGGUUUUAUAUAUCUUGUCUUAAAUAUUACCGUUUUUACCUUCUCUCGCCCUUCCUUUCCCCCACCCCAUCUUGAUACCAUUCCAUGCCUGUCAUUGCUCCUUUUCGUGAUGAUUGAAUGUGUUCACUACCCCCAACCUGCAAGUUCAAACACUUGUAAAUUACGCUUUCAUGGCACUGCGGACACCUUUUUUGUAUAGUGAGAGCUAACUGGAGUUCUUCUCUCUCUUUGGUUGAAGUCAUUAAAAGAUAUCCUUUGAAGUCA